GGGUGGCGCCAAAGCUUGACAACAAAGCGGCUGUUCCAUGUCGUAACGGUCGGUGACGCUCUGCUUUUUAAUUUAACACCAACUGUUAACAGUUACAGCUCAACAAUUUAACCCUAAAUGAAACCGACGACGUGAAGUCGGAGUUUGUCACUUCGACGUCGAUUUUUCCUUCUUUGAAGCGGAGCUGAUGUCAACAUGGCUGCUAAGUCUGACCAACUUCUCAUCGUUGUAUCCAUUCUGGAAGGUCGCCAUUUUCCGAAGAGCCCUCGCCUCAGUCUGGUGGUCCAGGCGAGCUUCGACGGCGAACAUCUGGAAACGGAUCCAGUGGAGCAUCGAGAGCAGCCGCAGUUCAGCACCGAGCUGGCCUGGGAACUGGACCGCAAGACGCUGCAUCAGCACAGGCUGCAGCGGACGCCCAUCAAGCUGCAGUGCUUCACUCUGGACUCCGUCAGCAAGAAGAAGGAGAGCGUGGGCUACAUCAUCCUGGACUUGCGGUCCGUUCAGGAGGCCAGGCAGGAUCCCCGCUGGUACACGCUGCUCAGCAGUAAAUACACCAAGCAGAAGGCGGCGCUGCUUGUCGGCACGCUGCUGGAGAACGACUCCAAGACAGCAGCAGCUUCUCCUGACAAGAUCCGAGCCAAGAAGGCCGCGCCUCGACAAGGUUCUGGCCCGGUGAGCGACGCGCUGCCCGCCAGGCUGGAGGCGGAGCUGAUCCCGGAUCAGGGCUACCAUCAGGUCGGUCCGGCGGAUCGCUGUGGCGACAUGUUCGUCCUCUCCGUUACCGUCGCCUUCGCUACCAAACUGGAACAGCUGAUUCCCAGCACUAAGAAGCUGCCAGCGGAGGACUCCAGUUUCUUCUUCUUCUACUCCCUGCUGGGAAACGACAUCACCAGCGAGCCGUUCCACAACCUGCUGAGUCCAGACUUUGAGCCGGAGCGCGCCUCCGUGCGCAUCCGCAGCAGCACGCAGGCGCUGCAGGCCUUCCUGACGCAGCAGGCCAGCCUACAGGUCCACCUCUGCUGCGGGAACCGCUCUCUGGGCAGCAGCGACGUUUCGCUCUCUGCCCUCGCUGCCGCCGCCGUCGACCUGGAGGCCAAGGGCGCCACGGUGGAGGGAGCGUUCGUCCUGCAGCCGCCGCCGCGCAGCAAGCUGCCGGCUCUUCCUGCGGAGCUGCAGCCGACGGUGGGCGUGGCCGUCACCCUGAGGAGGGAGGAGCCAACGCCUCAGGUUUCGGGGGGAAAGGAUCCCAGCAGAGCUCCGCCUCUUCCUCCUGCAGUCGCUGCGACCCAGAAACCUCCUGCUGCUUCCUCUCCUUCGUUCCGUACAGAGAGCGAGGCGGAGAGUCUGCUGGAGGAGCUGGAGCUCGACAGGAAGCUGGCGGCAGGUGAUGAAGGUGAUGCUCCGCUUCGUCACCCUGAAGGCGGAGCCUCCUCCGUCAGCGUCUCCGCUCCCAAAGUGUCCAUCCCCUCCUCCGCCCAUCACUACUGCUUCUCUCUGGACCUGCGCAGCCUGGCCAAGCUCACUACGCCAUAUCCCAUCGCCGCCAUGCUCAGGUAUUCGUACCAGUUCUUUGGCAGCUCGGCUCCCAUCAUGACCAGUCCGCCAGUGGAGCUGCAGAGGAACAUGGAGGCGUCGCUGCCGCAGUCCUACUGCGCCUUCGACUUCGCCGCGCUGCCGCAGCAGCUGCAGGACACCUUCCACAGGGUUCCUCUGGUCGUGGAGCUGUGGGACCGCAGCUCCUCCAGCAGAGACCAGCUGCUGGGCUCGGCCUCCAUCCAGCUGCACCAGCUGCUGAGCUCAGAGAAGACCCAGCUGGGCCCGACGGGGGAACCGGGCUGGAGGCAGACCCACCAGGACCGGAUCCCUGUGGUCCACCCGCAGCGGCCCUCGGAGCGCGUGGCGGAGCUGAGCUACGUGGCGACGCUGGAGGAUCUGGGCUUCAUUAAAGCAAAAGAGGUUCUGGUGUCGGAUUCCAUCCAGGACGGAUGUCCCGCCGUCCCUCAGUCUUCUCACCCAGCGGCGCCCAAACCGUCCCUUCUGCCUCCGGCCCCCCAGGGGCCCGGGGCCCCGCCAGCUCCCCAGGCUACCAGGGACACCCUGGAGUACCGCGCGGCCCUGGAGCUGGAGAUGUGGAAGGAGGAGCAGGAGGAUCUGUUCGACGAUCAGCUGAAGCAGAAGGAGCUGCGGCACAUGCAGGCGCUGGCGGACGAGUGGAGGAAGAGAGACAGAGAGAGGGAGGCGCUGGUCAAGAAGAAGGAGCUGGAGUUCAACCUGCUGGAGGAGAAGCUGCAGAAGACGCUGUGUGACCUGGAGAAGAGGGAGAAGCAGCUGGCUGAGGCGGAGCUGCAGACUCAGCGUCUGCAGCGGGAGCUGAGGGCCGAACACGACCUGACCCAGAAGGAGCUGCAGGAGGCCAGCAGGCGGCUGCAGAGGGAGAGCGACCACCUGGUGGCGCUAGAGAGGGAGAAGGUCCGGCUGAUGGAGGAGGAGCGGGGCCGGCUGCUGCAGCAGAUGGCGGACGCAGAGGCCCGGUACCAGCAGCUGCAGAAGGAGUUCCAGAUCUACCGGGAGCAGCAGAACCUGCGGCCCGAGUUCAGACUGCAGGCAGAAGUCAACCUGCUGGCGCUGGAGAAGGUGGAACUGGAGAGGAAGUUGGAGUCGACCACCAAGUCCAAGCUGCACUACAAGCAGCAGUGGGGCCGCGCGCUGAAGGAGCUGGCCCGGUUCAAACAGAGGGAGCAGGAGAACGCCAUGGCCCGGCUGAAGAAGCAGCAGGCGGAGCUGGAGGCCAUGAGGCUCCGUUACCUAGCAACCGAGGAGAAGGAGGUGGUGCGGCAGGACCGGCAGGAGCUGGACGACAUCAGGAACGAGCUCAACAGGCUGAAGAAGCAGGAAGAGGAGAAGUUAGGCCCCGCCCCCACAGAACCAGACUCCGCCCCCAGCCUGAACCUGAACGAGAGCGCAGAGGAACACCUGACCCGCCUGCUGGAGGAGAGAGACACGCUGCUGAGGACCGGCGUUUACACGCACGACGACCGCAUCAUCGCUGAGCUCAGCAGGCAGAUACAGGAAGCCAUGAGGGACAGGAAGCUCUGACGGCCAAUCAGAGGGAGACGGCCGCCUCACCGGCCAAUCAGAGGGAGACGUUUAACCUGAGGCCCGUGGAGAGGAACUGAGCUCUGUUGAGUUAACGUUACACAGAAAUAAAACUUAAAUUUGUAGUUUUUACAGCA